AAAAAAACUCAAAUCAAAAUUCAAAUUCCUAAAUUAAAAUAAGAAGAAGAAAAAACAAUGAUUACCUCACCAUCCUCUCGCUCUCCCUCUGCAACAACCACACCACACCACCACCAUCAUUGCCAACACCAGUGACGACAUGUCGUUCCUUCACAAAAUCCGAUUCGAAAGCGCAACAGCCGACGAUCCCCUCUCUCUCGCAACUUCUCUUUAUAUUACAUUUUCUUCUCCCUAAGUAAAAAUAUCAAAUUUCUCUCAUUUCUCUCAUCAAUUUCCUCGAGAACCAAACAGAAAACUUCGAUUUCUUUCUCUCUCUCGGUAAUUUCUCUCAGCUGAUACCUGUCUCCGACUUAGGGUUUUUUUAUUAUUUAUUUUUUUGCUUCGAUUUCGAUUGGGCGUCCCAGUGCGGCAUUUCAAUUUUUAAUCACUCAGACCAGUGAAAAAAAUAGGGUUUCAGAUUUCGAAAUCAAGGUUUUUGGUCAUUUAUAGGGUUUAACAUUGAAUUCCAACUUUGUGUUUGUAGUUAGGGUUCUCUUUGAUUAUCUGAUUUGGAGAGAGGGAGAGAUAAGUUAGGGUUUUAUGAUGGUAGAUAGACAAUGGUGAGGCUAUUAGGAUUAACUCGUGGAGAAUCAGAUGAUUCUCCACGAGAGAUUACCUCGAGGACGACUCCUUUAACUAGUGAGUCAGGUGAGAGUGGAUGGUUAAUUAGAUUUUUUGAUUCAGCUUUCUUUUGUGAGUGGAUUGCAGUAAGUUAUCUGUAUAAGCAUGAUCAUGCUGGGGUUCGGGAUUAUCUGUGUAAUAGAAUGUAUACAUUGCCCUUAUCGGGUGUCGAGAGUUAUUUGUUUCAAAUUUGUUAUAUGAUGAUACAUAAGCCGAGUCCGUCGCUUGAUAAGUUUGUUAUUGAUAUGUGUUCUAAGUCAUUGUUAAUAGCUUUGAAAGUACAUUGGUUUUUGUUGGCGGAGCUUGAAGAUUCGGAUGAUAAUGAUGGGAUUAGUAGGAUUCAGGAGAAGUGUCAGAUUGCUGCUACGUUGAUGGGAGAGUGGCCGCCAUUGUUGAGGCCACGAAAUGAAUCUUCAAGUCCUGGGAGUAAGAAUCAGGUUCUGAGUAGACUCUUGUCAUCGAAGCAGAAGUUGCUGUCAUUGACUUCUUCUCCACCUCCGCAGAAGUCCAUUUCGUUUUCACCCUCAUCGGGGAACGGUUUGCAGGAGGAUGGAACUGGUAGUCAGCUGUCACCGGAUGAGAAUAAGAUUUUUAAGAAGUUUAUUCCUGGUUCGAAGGUUAGAGAUGCAUUGUUGUUUAGGAAGUCAUUUGAUAAAGAUGAUCAGAAGGCUAGAGAUGCUUUGUUGUUUAAGAAGUCAGCUGAUAAAGAUGCGGAAGAGGGUGAAAAGGAUGGAUUUUUCAAGAGGCUUAUGAGGGACAGUAGUAAACGUGAGGAUGAGGAGUUGACACAAAGUUCAGAUGGGUUUUUCAAGAGGUUUAGAGGUAGUAUUAAAAGUGAGGAUGAGGAGAUGACAUCCGGCUCAGAUGGUUUUUUCAAGAGGCUUCUCAAGGAUAGUAGUAGAGGUGAGGAUGAGGAAGUAACCUCGAGUUCCGAUGGCUUUUUCAAGAAACUGUUUCGUGAUAGUAAGGGCGACGCCGAUGACAAGUUGGUUUCUAAAUCUUCAGAGGAUGACGAAAAGGAGGGGUUCGUUAAGAAGUUUUUUAAGGAUAAGUUUGAAGACAAGAAAGAUGGAAAUGAUCAGAAUGAGGAUGAAGAGAGGUCAAAGCUUGAAGAGAAAGGUUCAAAAUCUGCAGAGGAUGAUGAAAAAGAAGGGUUCUUCCGGAAGUUGUUCAAGGAUAAGUCCGAGGACAAGAAAGAUGGGACCGAGAAAUCUGAUGAGGGGGCUACCAAUUUUGAGGAAGAAGAACCUUCAGACUUUUCCUUGUUUCGUAGACUGUUUCGUGUGCAUCCUGAAGAGGUCAAAAAUACUGGUGCAAAUGAAAAUAACGGUAGUAGCAGCUUGUUUGAAAGCAGCCCGGGUACUGAGAAUUUUUUUCGCAAACUGUUUAGAGAUCGUGAGCGCUCAGUUGAAGACUCUGAGUUAUUUAGUUUCAAGAAGAACAAAGAGAAGCAUCCUGGAUCACUGAAUCAACAGAAUGAGAAGUUGAAUACAAAGCCUCCGCUUCCAAAUAACACUGCAUCACAGUUCCGGAAAGGGGCUUAUCAUGAGUCAUUGGACUUUGUGAUGUCGUUAUGUGAGACUUCAUAUGGUUUGGUUGAUGUAUUUCCUAUUGAAGAUCGUAAAAGUGCUCUUUGUGAGUCACUUGCAGAGAUUAAUGUGCAUUUAGCUGAGGCUCGAAACAGUGGAGGAGUUUGCUUUCCAAUGGGAAAAGGGUUGUAUCGUGUUGUUCAUAUACCUGAAGAUGAAGCUGUUCUUUUGAAUUCUAGGGAAAAGGCACCUUAUCUGAUUUGCGUUGAAGUAUUGAAAAGUGAAAUGCCAAGCAAUAGCAAGGACACAUCUGGCGCUCAAAACCUUUCCAGAGGAGGAAUUCCUCUUGCAAAUGGAGAUGCAUUCCUGCCGAAGCCACCUCCUUGGGCUUAUCCUUUGUGGACUACCCAGGACAUGUAUCGAAAUAGUAGUGAUAGGAUGUCCCAAUCAACCGCUGAAGCAAUUGACCAGGCAAUGUCCCAUGCAUCUGAAACAAAAAUGAAAUUUGUUAAUGUGAAUCUUUCUGUGGAGAAGAAAUUGCCUAGCCAGUCAACUGUCAUUGAAGCACCUAAAUUAAAUUCUGGCAUCAAUUUUAUGCAUCAAAAUGCUGCACAUUGUAGUGAUUUGGAAUGGGUAAGGGUAGUGCUGACAGCAGAUCCUGGAGUUAGAAUGGAAGAUGUAGGGGAUGAAGGGGCGCCACGACGCAAGGAGCAUCGUCGUGUUCCUAGCACGAUUGCAAUAGAAGAAGUAAAGGCUGCUGCAGCCAAAGGGGAAGCACCUCCUGGACUGCCUCUGAAAGGGGCUGGUCAAGUUUCAUCAGAUGCACAACCAAAUGUUAAUGGUGGCAAUCCCAAGGCCAGUGAUGCCUUAUCUGGUGAACUCUGGGAGGUCAAGAAAGAGAGAAUACGUAAAGCUUCAGUAUAUGGGAAAUUACCUGGCUGGGACUUGCGCUCUGUUAUUGUGAAGAGUGGUGAUGACUGUAGGCAGGAGCAUCUUGCCGUGCAACUCAUUUCACACUUCUAUGAUAUAUUUCAAGAAGCUGGUGUCCCUCUUUGGUUGCGUCCUUAUGAAGUUCUUUGUACUUCAUCAUACACAGCUCUUAUUGAAACAAUUCCAGAUACGGCUUCAAUCCAUUCUAUCAAGAGUAGAUAUCCGGACAUCACAAGUUUGCGUGACUUUUUUGUUGCCAAGUAUGGAGAGAACUCCCCAAGUUUUAAGCUUGCACAGAGGAACUUCGUUGAAAGUAUGGCUGGAUAUUCUUUAGUGUGCUACCUUUUACAGGUGAAGGACAGGCACAAUGGGAACUUGUUAAUGGAUGAAGAUGGCCACAUUAUACACAUUGAUUUUGGUUUCAUGCUCUCUAAUUCUCCUGGUGGUGUAAAUUUUGAAAGUGCACCCUUCAAACUAACCCGAGAACUUCUUGAGGUCAUGGAUUCUGAUGCUGAGGGAAUUCCAAGCGAGUUCUUUGACUAUUUUAAGGUUUUAUGCAUUCAAGGCUUCUUGACAUGUCGUAAGCAUGCAGAGCGUAUAAUUCUCCUUGUUGAGAUGUUGCAGGAUUCUGGUUUCCCUUGCUUUAAAGGUGGUCCCCGGACAAUACAGAACCUAAGAAAGCGAUGCCAUCUAAGUUUGACAGAAGAGCAAUGCGUGUCAUUGGUGCUCUCUCUGAUCAGCAGCAGCUUAGAUGCAUGGCGGACACGGCAGUAUGAUUAUUAUCAAAGAGUUUUAAAUGGAAUAUUGUGAGGUUAGAUUUGCUUGGUGAUUGCUUUCAUUGCUCCCCCUUUGAUAAAGCCAGUCCAGUGAAGCACUUUUAUUGGAGCUGUUUGUAAAUUGAUGUCGUAUGAGGGGAAAUUGAUUCACUGCACUGUGGCAUUGGCAAUUAAGCAGAAUACUGAUGACAGUUUAUGGCUGUUUUCGCUUGGUGUGAGGAAAUUGUAAAUGUAUCGGCUGAAAUACUUUUUAGAAGUCUUGCAGGCUGCAUUUACUUCAGCAGGGUUUUCUUCUUUUCACUGUUUCCCCUUGUCAUUUGUCGUAGAGCUCUCUGCUGGCUGGUGGGGGGAAUUUAGUUACUCAACAGGAGAACUUCCUUUUACCCAUCUUCAGACAGCACAUACUUGUACAUUGUGAUUCCUCUGGAGACAACGUUCCAGACAUGAAAUGGUGUCUGAGGCUGUAAUUGCUGGUUGGCGUUGCAGCUGCUCUACAUUUUACACCGGUCAGUGAUCAGAAGCAGCCAAACAUUCCCGAUUUUUAUCUAUCCAUAUUUGAAACUCAUUAUAUUCUUCUGAUUAAAGUUUUGACGCACUAUAUCGGACUGGUAGCCUGUUGGUUGGUAACUGGUCUCCUCCAUUUGAUGGCUAUUCUUCCCAGGGUAAGAUUCUUCCAUGCUUCCUAUCAAAGGCUUGUUAGCAACAUUCAUGUUAGAUUAGAUCCCAUUUGCUGUUUAACAGUAAAGAAAAUUUGUUUAUUUGAUAUUCCUGUUGUAUAUCAGAGUUUUGGUGGCAUCGAAUUUUGUUUCCAGGUUGUGUAUUUCUUAAUGAAAAGUUUGAUGUUUGUCA